AUGAUCAUUGAAGAUGAUGAGAAUACUCUAGAAAUUAUCACUAAUCUUAUAGGUCAAAUUCUUUUUAAAGAUAAAGGUGUACUUGACAAUGACAUGGAGAUUAUGGAUAAAGCCAUGCAAGAUCCAGUUUCUUCUGGCUUUCUCCCAUCCUUUGUUUUGGGUCUUUUUGCUCUAGUGAGCUGUCUCGCUGCUCAUAUCCUGUAUACUGUGGCCUUGAGCAUGGAGAAAUGGAAGGUAUUUGCUCUUUCGAAAGAGGAGGAGGAAGGUGUAGUCGCGGACGAAGAGGAGAUCAUCGAAGACGAAUCCAUUCAGCGUACACUCGCAGGGAAGCUAUGGACCGAGAGUAACUUCAACAUGCGAGCAUUCAAAACAACGAUGCUCAAUGCUUGGAAGCUGAAACACGCAGUGGAAGUUCAGGAUCUUAGUAAAAAUCUUUUUCUCUUCAAGUUUGGCUCAAAGAAAGAUAUGGAAUACGUUAUCAAAUCUGGACCUUGGAGCUUCGACAGAGCCUUGCUGGUUCUGAGACGAAUAUCAGGAGAGGAACAACCUUCAGAUCUGAACAUGCAUUUCAGUUCCUUCUGGAUCCGGGUUUACGACUUGCCACUCAUGCUCAGAUCUGAAACGAUGGCAAAGAAACUUGGAAACAUUAUUGGAACGUAUGAGGAAAUGGAUGUCAAGGAGGCGCACCGAAAUGGAAGGUUUCUGCGGAUUAAGGUUACUCUGAACCUGAAAGAACCCUUGAAGCGUGGAACGGUGGUCUCUUUUAAGGAAAAGAAAAUAAGGGUCCAUUUUAAAUACAAGAGAUUGCCAACCUUCUGCUUUGUCUGUGGGCGUAUGGGUCAUCAAAUUAAAGAUUGUGAAGCGGUUGAGGAUCUGAAUAAGGAAGGAUACGAGGAAUUAGAGGAGCAAGAUUUAGCUUUUGGGCAAUGGCUACGUGCUUCCCCUCUCCCUAAACAGAAUGAAGAGUUUAAGAGAAAGGAUUCAAGCUCCAGUCUUUGCAGCAGAGAACUUUUCAAUGUCUCUUCUAGUCAAAGUCGUUGUGAACAUAAAGGGAAAGGUGAUAGUGAGGAUCUCGAAGUACAACAAGAUAAUCAGACUUUAAACCAGCAAAAAGAUAGUGGUAAGAGUAGAGAGGAGAUUAAUGAUAGUCUGGUAGAUGUGGAGACGGUGGCAGAAUCCCUCGGAGCGGUUGCUUUAUCAACAGAGAAACUAGCUGUGUCCAAGGAGGUGGGAACUCAAAAGAGAAAGUGGGUAAGAAGAAAGACCAUAAAAAAUACCAAAGCGGCUGCAGGCCCGGCGGCCAAGCCAAAAUUAUCCAAACGACAACUUGUGGAUUUCAUGGUGGUAGAAGGCUCUCUUGAAGAUGUUGGUGAGGGAGAUAAGAAAAGGAAAUAA